CUGUCAACCCAAGCAAGGCCCCCGUCAGAGUUCGAGGCUGACACAAACAUCACUUUUCUUUUGUACGCGAUCGAAUCCGGAAUUCUCUCGUCGUGCGUUUGUGGUUGGUGCUCUGCCGUGGUCGCGUUCGCCUCUCCCCCCCGUUCCGAGAGUUCGAGUGUUCCGAGGUUCCGCCGUGAGUGGUCAAGUGUGCGCGGUCAGAGUCGAUUACGGGGACCGUGGUUUUUGUUCCUGUUUUUUUUCUGCGGACUUUUUUCGGAACAUCCGAAAAACGGUUUGUGUCGUCGUCGACGUCGCGUAAAGUGGUGAGGAAAAGAGGAAGAGGAAAAAAAAGUUCGUCGAUUUUUCCCCCUUGCGCACUUGCCGUGUCGUUUCUCCUCCGGUCGUCGUCGCCGUCGUCGGUUCCCGAUCCGUGUGUUGCCCCGGGGGUAAUUUCGUUGUUUCGGUUUUCGCUUCGCCCGCAAGUUCCACGUCCUCCUUCACCUCCACCCAGGUGAGACUGUUGAGACUUGCUCGACGUGCUGCUGGAACCGUUUUCCCGGAGGUUGUUCCGAAGAAUCAUUCAUCCUGCGGACCUGCGAGGGCAAAUCCUAACAAACAGCAACGACGACCCCGCACGACGACUCGCGAUAGUUCUUCGGCAAAGGUUCGAGCGAAGAACUUUAGACUAAACCGAGUUUGAGUCCAGCAGCUUCGGCGGCAGGUCCAGGCAGAGAAUAUUAACCGUUCGCGGAGCAGUUCAAGAAGAUCGAGCGAAGCUCUCAGGGGGGAAGCAAUCGGUACGAAGAAGUUUCAAGAAGAAAAGUAUAGUGAUCGAGAUCAGCAAGAUCAUCAUCAUCCCAUCGCGGUUCGACUGGAGCUCGGAGAAUUCAGAAAAAGAAGAAGAAGAUUAAGAAGAAGACGUGUGCAGAAGAUAAGAAAGGAAACAAAGGGGAAAAAGAAAGGUGAAUCAAGAGUUGCGCCGAGGAAGAGCAAGAAAAAGGCAGUGUAAUCAAAAUAGUGCUCACUCUCGCGCGGAGUUGUCUCGCCAAAGUCUGAUUCCACAGUUGAACCCCGGGACUCGUCUCUCGUGACGAUCGCGGCCAGCUGUGUGUGUGUGCGCGCUCGCCCCAGAAGUGUUGAAUAAUCGUACAAACUCGCGAAGCUUGUCUCGAAAGCACUUCGAGUUUGAUCUCCGUGUUUCCAAGCCCGCAACCGCCUCCUCCGGCCGAUUGAUUUGCUGCGGUUUUCGCGUUUUGCGCGCUGUGCGAGAUUGUGCGUACGCGGCCGGCCGCUUGGAAAGUGCGUGUGCGUGCGUAUUUGUGCGUUUCCCAUCAUCAUCAUCGCGGCAGCAGCUCAACUCAGCUUUGCGGGGUACCUCUAAGACCCGGGGCUGGUGAAGAGAUUUGAAGAAGAAGCAGCAAAAGGCCAGCAGUCCCGUACAGCAGCAAGAGCUAGUGAACCAGGUCGUCGUCGUCGGUUGAUUCGCGAAGAAGCUGAAGAGUGAAGCGAAACCACAAUGGUGUCCACACGUCAGAUGACCGGUGCGACGACGGAGGAAAGUACCCUGUACCUGUUUCGCUCCUCUUCCGCCUCAUCCAGCAACAGCAGCUCGAACCAACCCACCAGCACCAGCACUGCGGUCACGAGCCGGUCCUCAGCCCUUGCCACCUCCACCCACAGCAGCGGCCCGGUGGUAGGGGGCAUGGCGAUGGCCGUGCUCAACCCACCGCCGCCGCAGCAGCAACCGCCACCACAAGCACCCCCACCGGAGCUGAACCUGCUGGACAUGCCGGUCGAGAUCCUGGGACACAUCUUCUCCUACGUGGGCUACAAGAAGGUGGCCCAAAUGCGAGUGAUAUCGCACCAGAUGAACCAGGUGUGCAGUUCGAUACUGAACUCCACCUUCCAGAAGCUCCAGACACAGAUGCUGAACCGCUUUCAGAUCGUGAAAGCGAAAAUGCCACGCAGGGAAUCCGCCCGGAGGAACCACCCGCUGGCCUGCGAAUGUGAUAUCCUGGAGACGUGCUCGAUGCGGCUGUCGCUGCUGCAGAUGACGUUCGGCAAACAUAUCGAGAGGAAGCACUGUUGCUUUUUUCCCGGCGGGAUCCUGGACGAGGUGUACUCGGUGAUAUACUACAUCCGGAGCACACCGACGCUGGCCCGGCCGUUCAAGGUGACGGACGAGCUGUUCGAUCUGUCCACGAUGGCCAUGGAGUACUUUCGGGAGCACAUCGAGCCGAACCUACCUGAUAUAACAUACUUCAAUAAGGAUUACACUUCUAGUACAAAACCAUUCAAGACGCUGGAGGUUUCCUCCUCGAUCCUGUCGCGCGACACAUCACACUCGAGCUCGUCCUCGCCGCCCCAGAGCAACAUGGUGCUCCGGAAGGGCAUCCGCAAGAUCAAACAGGGAAUGAAGCGAUACAACAAUCAACUGUCGGUGUUACGGAGCGAGCUGCGAACGUGCAAGCGGAAGGCCACCGAGCAGGCGAAGCAGAUCGCCGAGCAGCAGAAGUUGCUGGCGGAACAGCAAAAGCAAACCCUCGAGUACGCGAACCGGCUCGACGAGAACGACAAAAAGAACGAGGAGAUCUCGCGGAAGUUUUCCACGCUGCUGCAGGAACUGAACAAGUGCAAAACUGAGCUGCAGUACUGGCGCUCCAAGAGUCCGGCCACGCCCAACUGUAACGCGUGCGGCCAGGCCAUCGUUGCCAUGCUUCCGGAGGACUUGCAGGCGCUCGUCAACCAGGGCGUUCGGCCCGAGGAGGUUGGCCUGGCUGCGAUUCCGGAGGAACCGGCUGCGCUGGAGGCCGACGAGGGCAACGCGAUGGCGCUGGAUCUGGACGCGCAGCCCAUGUCGCCGCUGCCGGCUCCGGUGAUCGUAGCCGUGACCGGAUCUCCCCGCAGUCAGAAGCGAAAGUUUGAAAGUGUCGAAAGUGCCAGCGAUGACGUCGUGGCAGGUUCAUCCGCGUCCAGCACCAGUGGCGAGCCAGCUUCCGGAUCAUCAUCACCCCUGAACCCACCCUUCGCGUCGGCUCCGCUGGCUUCGCUCGUGGCCUCGUACUCGUCGUUCUCGGCCGGACCGUCGUCGUCGGUUUGCCCGUCCCCACCGUCGGCGUCGUCUUCUUCGGCUGUGUUAUCCCUUCUAGUGCCCACCACCUGUUCGUCCCCUUCCCACGCUUCCCAGAUGAACCCGCUUGCUUCGCCCUCGGCUGGUCCCUCAUCCGGCGGGGCCAACGCCCCGCAGCCGGAUGUCCCGAGCGCCGCAAGCAGCAGUAGUGAUAGUGUUAAUCAUAAGAAAUUACGCAGAGUACAAACUAAAGCUAGAUCACAAACUAAUCACAAUAACACUAGUACUGUGACUAACACGAAUACAAAAGCAACUAGAAGUAAACAUGUGGAGAAAUAAACCAGUUGAUCUGAGAACUCCGAUCGCAUAGCUGGAGAGAUAAACACAUGAUUAAAAACAAACUGAUUUUAUAGCAAAACUACUAAUAUCUGAAGAAAGAAAGAAUUUGAGAAAUGACAUUCAUUUUUUUAGUUAAUUGUAAAAUGAUUUUUUACUUCAUCUCCAACUUAGUGCUAAUAUAAUAUUGUCUGUCUUUCCAAACUUUUCUUUUUCAAUCUUUCGUACUAUUCCACGUAGUCUUGUUUCUUUCAACUUUUACAGAAAAUUUGCAUAAACCAAUGUUUCCAACAGAGUCAACUAUUCUAUCAAUUACAAACAUACACUAUUAUCAUAUGUUAUUCUUUGUCUAAUCAUGAUAGAUAUCCAAACAAACACACACAAACAAAUCAAUGUUACAACCAGAAUAAUUUAGACAAUUUACCAUCCAGCCAGUGAGUAGGGCGCAGAAAGCAAUUAUCAACACAGAGAGAAAGAAAACCAGAUCGCACCGAAGAUGUCACCCACACCAAAAAAAAAAACAAACAAGAAAGGAAACAAUAAAGCUGAAAGAAAUAGUAUAAUCUUGACUUCACCUGGAUCUACUAACACACGCAAACACAAACAAACACACAGUUACAGAAACCAUAUAAAGGAAAUAACCAAAACAAACCCACUCACACAAACACACACAGACUAGCAGUAACGCCGAACUCAAUGUGUCGUCGCAAUACAGAUUAAUCAAAAAUGGUCUCACGCCAGCCACCACUACUAAUUAUACAAAAGUACUACUACAACUACUACCGCGGCGCUGAAAGGCCCGCUGGGGGGAAAACAAUAGCAAAUAAAACAAUACAAUAGAGAUAUCCACGGUUUCUCUCACGCACACCAUCAUUCUGUGUUAGUAUUUGUAUUUGAAGUAUUGUUUUGGUUUUGAACGAUUGUGAUUGGCUGAAUUCCAAGCAGCUGAUUUUGUUUACACUUUUUUUACGCAGACAUAGGCAAAUCGAGUAGAUCAAUCGUCUGUUGAAACCAGCUGUUUACCACGUGCUCGUGGUAUAACAAAGGACACAGCUGAUUUUGACAGACGAAUCAUUCUACUCGAUUUGCCUUUGUCUGCGUGUAAAUUUUGUUACAAACUAACACACUCUCGCGCCUGGAUAUCUCUAUAGAGAAUAAAUGGAAACUACCACCACCACAGAUUCACCAGAACAAUCACACUCUCACGCAAUAGACACAAACACAGUUGCAAAAUAAGCAACAGCAGCAGCAGGGGAAAGGGGUGUUGGAUGAUAUUGGGAGGGUUGCAAAAUAGUUAAUUUUACACAUGAACCACAACAACACACAAUAUACAGGACGACGGGCAGAUUUGUUGUACCGCAAUUGGUUUCUCAGCGUUGGGCGUUUUUUGGCGAGUCGAAAUUCACCGCUCGCUGGAAGUUUCGGAGCAGCUUACUUCGCAUCUUCCGGUGAAGGGUAAAUUGAGGAAAAUGGUAUGCAAAGAAUAGGAAAUGCUUUGGUUGUACCUCAUUUGGCGUAAAGCGUUUAGUAAAGUUGCUGAUUGUUUUCUCAAUAUUUUUCAGUUCUCUUCCAGAGUGAAGUUAGAACAGCUCGUGGUAAGAAUUCGACUUUUGUAGAUUUUGCAACAUCAAAUCCAGUUCCCCAAAAAUCCAAACUCCACUUACACCGACCGCAACUCCGGGUUAUCAAGUGAUAAUCCUGCUCGAAUGACUUCUACUCCAAAUUCACAGCCCCGGUUGCCUCUUUUUCGCAACGGUUUUUGUUUACAAUGCGUACUCAUAGAUUUCCUUCUUUGUGAACGUUGAAAUCACCACAAUUGUUGGAAUCCGGAAUUUUUGUCACGCGUAGUACCGGAGUUUGAUCGUGUCAACAAAACAAACUAACUUCAGAUCUUCACAGGAAAGUGUGUAACUGCGUCGUUUGUUUCGUUGUUUGCGCAAGCAAAUGUUGCUACAAUAUGCAUUAUCAAGCAAGCUUACACGUUGGAGUGUAAUCUAAUGUUUGUUUUGGCCUCGAACUGUCAAAUUGAUUAACUCAAAGUUAAGGUCAAACGGCUUUAAGCUAAAUGGGGUACAUUCCACUUGUAAGAUUAGGUCAUGAUUUUUUAAUUUCAUUCAAUUAAUGUUUGGUUUUGGUUUGCGCUGUAAAUAAUCUAUCAAGAGCGAUUAACUGAUAAAACAAAAACUUAAGUAGUGACAAAACAAAUUAUUAAAUGGAUUAGAAGCAAACAAAACUUAACACACACACAAAAUGGAUGCAUGACCAUAACAAAAAAAAAUACAUCAAUUAGCUGAGUAGAAUAGCAACAAACAAAAACCAAGCCUGUAAAAGCAUAUAUUUUCUUCUCAUUAUCAAAAAAGGCAAACUGUGAGAAUCCUACAAUUGCAGCAAAAUUAAUACUCGAACAGAAACAAAAAUCAAUUGGAAUCCCUAAACAACCCUUUUUCAUACGCAUGAAUGCAAAGAAAACAAUGAUAAAAUGGUACAGUGUAGUAGACUUUUUCUCUUAUAUAUACAAUAUAUACAACAAAACAACAAAAAAAACAGUAACUAGUAAUUAUUAUUUUUGUAGUAGAUGCUAGUUUUAUAAGACAAUUUACUGUGGAGCGCGUUCCCUGGCGCGUGGAGAGCGGACAAUUCGGAUGAUUGCCAUUCAUGAGCAAAGUUUCCCCCGCACCCGCAGAAAACUACAAACAAAUUCGCGCUCCUUUAGCUCUCAUCUUACUGUGGUAGUGAUAUUUUGGUAAACAAUUCUACUAGACAGAGAGAGCGAGAGACAGAAAUACAUGUGGAUCAACUGAAAAAAAAAACGAGGAAAGCACUGAAGCCAUUUUAAGCUGAACGUGGUUGAUUUUAACAAAUUGAAAGCGGUUUGAAACUAGAAAGCAGAACUUAAAAAUAUCGUUGAACAAAAGAAAAACAGAGAAAAUUUUCACUUGCAGGGAAACCGAAAUCAAAAAACAAGAAAAUUCACACGCACUCACACUCUAGGGGAACUUAAAAAAGGCGGAAAUCGAUUCAAAAUUUAGAAGCAGCAAAUACAAAGUACGGAAUUUUAGAUUCUAACUCUUUUCUAAUAAAUGACUGUUUGUAGAGGCCCUUUCUCGAUAUCUCUAGAGCAAAAACAAAGCAAAAAAAAUAUAGGAAUCAGAAUGGUGUUGUAACAGCAAGCAAAAAACAAACUCUCACUCACCCAAUCGAUACGAGGAAAAAAAUUAAGAGUAAAAAAAACGCAAGACAAAUUAAUCAAUAAAUGAAGAUUAUACAUAGGUAGAAUGUGAUAACGAACAUAAGAGAAAAAAAAGUAAAAUCACACUAACGCUAAAUUGUAUGACAUUAGCGUGUUUUAAACGUUGUUUCCAAGUCGUUUUCCCAAAUUUAGUUUGUUUUCGGGUCCGCUUCCACACUAUUAAUCUAUGACACACAAGAAAGGAAAAAAACAAAGCAAAAAACCAGAAG